CCUUUAGUGGAUCCCAAAAGUGAUGAAAUACUUGUGAAGAAUCUCUUUGUGGGCAUCAAUGCCACGGAUCUGAACAUCACUGCCGGACGCUAUUUCAAACACGACGACCCGCCCUAUCCCUUGGGCUUUGAAGCUCUGGGUCUAAUUGUUAAAACUGGAAGUGCUAUCACGAACUACAGUGUCGGUCAGUACCUGGUUGUCAAAUGUGGUCAACUGCGGGCAUAUUCAGAGUAUUUGUAUGUGACCUCUGCUGACGGCCUGACAGUCGUCCCAAAGCCAGACCCGGAAUACUUGGCUCUCUUCGGCACCAGUGGUUUGACGGCAUCCAUAGGUCUGUCCGAAGGCUCGCGUUUGGCUUCAGGAGAAAAAGUG